AAAAGUUGUUGCCGUGAAGAAACUAGUGAUGGGGAAAUCAAGCAAGAUGGAGGACGAUUUUGAAGGCGAAGUGAAACUUAUAAGUAAUGUUCAUCAUCGAAACCUCGUCAGACUCCUUGGUUGUUGCAUCAAAGGCCGAGAAAGAAUCCUAGUUUAUGAAUACAUGGCAAAUAGCAGUCUUGAUAAAUUCAUAUUUGGUAGCAGAAGAGGUUCCCUCAACUGGAAACAACGCUAUCACAUAAUUUUAGGCACGGCAAGGGGACUAGCAUAUCUACAUGAGGAAUUCCAUGUAUCCAUCAUACAUAGAGAUAUAAAGACUGCUAAUAUCCUCUUAGAUGAUGAUCUUCAGCCCAAAAUUGCAGAUUUUGGGUUAGCAAGGCUUCUACCAGGAGAUCGUUCUCAUCUUAGCACAAAAUUUGCAGGAACAUUAGGAUACACAGCACCUGAGUAUGCAAUGCAUGGUCAAUUAUCAGAGAAGGCUGAUACCUACAGCUAUGGUAUUGUAGUCUUGGAAAUCAUGAUACUUUUUGUAUGUCAUUGUAUGUAA